GACAGACAGCUCUGCGCGCGCAUCUAUGUGCAUCUGCGCUUGUUGGAGAGAGACCGAGUGAGCUGCAAGCAGCAACGCUUUAAACAGGGAAGCAGAGCCGCCGGAAGAAGCAGCAGCGGCAAGGUAGUAGCCUUAACUGGACCCAGACGGUGUAAAUCACCAGCGGCACGAGCUCCAGUGACCGUGGGGCGGAGAGGAGGAGGAGGAGGAGGAAGAGGAGGAGGAGGUGGAUGAGGAGGAGGUGGUACCUGCACCCAGACUCCUUUUACCCCGCCGCCUCCGUAGCGUCUUUUUCCUCGCCCCUCAUACCUCUCGGACCGCUUCCUCGUUAAGAUGGCUGACCCCAACAGCGACGGUGAGGCUCCGGAGAGCGCGCGCGGCUUCGCCCGCCAGGGAGCCCUGCGCCAGAAGAACGUGCACGAGGUGAAGAACCACAAGUUCAUCGCGCGCUUCUUCAAGCAGCCGACCUUCUGCAGCCACUGCACGGACUUCAUCUGGGGUUUCGGGAAGCAGGGAUUCCAGUGCCAAGUGUGCUGUUUUGUGGUCCAUAAGCGCUGUCAUGAGUUUGUCACUUUUUCCUGCCCGGGGGCUGACAAGGGACCUGCGUCUGACGAUCCCCGUAGUAAACACAAGUUUCGAGUCCACACCUACUCCAGCCCCACCUUCUGUGACCACUGUGGCUCCCUCCUGUAUGGGCUGAUACACCAGGGCAUGAAAUGCGACCACUGUAUGAUGAACAUCCACAAGCGAUGUGUCGCCAACGUCCCGAGCCUGUGUGGAACAGAUCACACGGAAAGGAGAGGACGCAUCUACAUCUCCGCCCAGAUUACAGACAACUCUCUCGCCGUCACCAUCAAAGAGGCCAGGAACCUGGUACCUAUGGACCCAAACGGCCUCUCAGACCCAUAUGUUAAACUCAAGCUCAUCCCAGACCCCAAGAGUGAGAGCAAGCAGAAGACCAAGACCAUAAAAUGUUGCCUCAACCCCACCUGGAAUGAAUCCUUUGUUUUUAAACUCAAAGAAACAGACAAGGACCGCCGUCUCUCAGUGGAGGUGUGGGACUGGGAUUUGACCAGCCGGAACGACUUCAUGGGUUCGCUGUCCUUCGGCAUCUCAGAGCUACAGAAACAAGGAGUCGAUGGAUGGUUUAAGCUGCUGUCCCAGGAGGAAGGUGAAUACUUCAGUGUUCCUGUCCAACCAGAUGGAGAAGACUGCAAUGAUGCACUCCGACAAAAGUUUGAUAGGGCAAAAAUAGGUCCAGGAAAACCCACGGACUCUUCCUCAUCUUCGGUUUACAAGUACGACAGUAACGGCAAUCAGGACCGCGUCAAGGUCACCGACUUUAACUUUAUCAUGGUUCUUGGGAAAGGCAGCUUUGGAAAGGUGAUGUUAGCGGAGAGGAAAGGUACAGAUGAGUUGUAUGCCAUCAAAAUCCUAAAGAAGGAUGUGGUGAUCCAAGAUGACGAUGUAGAGUGCACCAUGGUGGAGAAAAGAGUUCUGGCUCUGUCUGGAAAGCCUCCGUUCCUCACUCAGCUGCACUCAUGCUUCCAAACUAUGGAUCGGUUGUAUUUUGUCAUGGAAUAUAUCAAUGGAGGAGAUCUGAUGUACCAAAUCCAACAGGUUGGCAAGUUCAAGGAGCCUCAUGCUGUGUUCUAUGCAGCAGAAAUUGCAAUUGGUCUCUUCUUCCUUCACUCCAAAGGCAUUGUGUAUCGGGAUCUGAAGCUGGACAAUGUGAUGCUGGACUCAGAAGGCCACAUAAAGAUCGCCGACUUUGGCAUGUGCAAAGAGAACAUGUUUGACGGCAUAACAACGAAGACUUUUUGUGGGACACCAGACUACAUUGCCCCAGAGAUCAUAGCCUAUCAGCCUUAUGGGAAGUCUGUUGAUUGGUGGGCUUUUGGAGUACUGCUUUAUGAAAUGCUUGCUGGACAGCCUCCGUUUGAUGGCGAGGAUGAAGACGAGCUGUUCCAGUCAAUCAUGGAGCACCAUGUAUCUUACCCUAAAUCCAUGUCGAAAGAAGCUGUUGCUAUCUGCAAGGGGCUGAUGACCAAACACCCUGCGAAGCGCCUGGGCUGUGGUCCAGAAGGAGAAAGGGACAUCAAGGAGCAUGCCUUCUUCCGCUAUAUCGACUGGGAAAAACUGGAGAAUAAGGAGGUCCAGCCCCCUUUCAAACCAAAAGCUUGUGGGCGUGAUGCAGAGAACUUUGAUCGCUUUUUCACACGCAACCCCCCAGAGCUGACUCCCGCAGAUCAGGAGCUAAUAUCCAACCUGGACCAGGAAGAUUUCCAUGGAUUCUCAUUUAUUAACCCCGAGUACAACCACCCAACUCAAUGAUCAUGUAACAUAUCUCCUGGCUUUAUUAGAAACCGCCCACACUUCACAAGCAAACUUAAGAAGAAACAAACAAACAAAAAUGAAUUCUUAUGAUGUCAUAUCAGCAAACUUUAAUUCAUGAAGACCUGAUGUAACAUAUUUACAUUUUUUUUAUAACUCAGGUCUGAAAGGUUUAAAGAUAUUUGAGCAUUUGGGGAACAUGUUUAUUAUUAAGUUUAUUUUUGUUUUGUUUGUGAAGAGAAUACCAUACUGGUUUGUUAGAGAUGGAGAUGAAGGUGCUUUAGCUUAGCUUAGCAUCUAGCCAUAACUACAGAAGCAUCUGAAAGUUAAUAGCUUGCCUCUUCUAUAGCCUACGUUCUACGCUUCCUAUUUGUCAGUGAUUAUUUAAUAUUAUAAAUGGUAAUAAUCCAAUACAGUUAAAUUAAGUGUUUCAUUUCAUUAACAAUGAAAAUAAAACAAACCAGCACUAUAAACGGGGGAGAAAAACAACAUUAUGCAAAAAACUGGUUCAUCAGUGAUGCAGCCGUUAGCUUAAUGAUCCAGAGACAUCUGGAAACCACUAACAUGCCUAAUUUUACAGCCUAUAAAACCCAUCUUAUUCACAGCAUCCAUUUCAUAUCAACAAUAGAAAACAGCAUUGUUACCUUUUGCCUUACAAGUGUCUUACAUUUAGCUUACUUGAGUAAAGCAUUAAAUUCAGUAUAAGCUUAGUUCACUGUAGCAUGAAAGUCAGAAAUGUUUGGGGAACCAGAAACAACUAUUAUUAGGACAUAAUUGCAGCACAUCAUGCACAAAGGUUUACAUUGUUGGGUUUCACUUUUGUGGCCCAUAAAUGUCAUAUUCAUGGUUAAAAACAAAAAUUCUUUGCUUGAAUUAGCAUUAAGAGUUGCUGUUUAAAAAAAGGUAUAUUAUUUAAACAUUUUAAUGAAACACUUUGUCUAAAACAAAUACAUAGCUAGUCUGUAUAUAUAUUCGUGAAACUAAUUGUUUUCCAAUUUCGCUUCGAUUGAUGGUGAACUAUUUGGUAAAUGCAGGUUUUUAACCUACUUUCAAAGCCAAAGGGGUCAUUUGUGUCCUGAAAACUUUAUUAUUAAGGAAAAGUUGAGGCGAUUUAAUGGAUGUUUAUCAGACAAGUUACUCUAACAUACUAGCGUCAUUUAGGGUUUUAUGCAUAGUUUGUACUUUAUUAUUAAACACCUGUUUACAUCCAUGCAAAGCUGCCAGCGACUCUGUGCAGCUAUGGUUAAACACUUUUGAAGUAUCGGCUAGUUGUGGAAACAUGGAAAAGCAGUGUGAUAAUCUAUUUUCCCCCAAUACUGAUAUUUUUCUUUUUAAGCUUUCAGAAAAUGUACAGCAGCUGAACGCUACUCAAUAGUUCCAUCUGUCUGAGAACACAGUAGAUCCAGAGGCAGCUGAAAGUCCAUUUACCUGCAGCUUCUUAUCUGCAUUCUAACCUAAGCUUAUCACCUUCAGUCUCCAGCUCUUUAUCCAACAAGACCUUAACUUUUAGAAAGAAGGCAAAAAAAUGCAACCUGCAAAUGACAAUUAGUUUAAUAUUAUUCAGAUAGAAAUACAGACAUAUGCACAACUGAAAGCAACAAACCCAAAUGAUCAUAUAUCCAUGAUUCAAGAUACCAGGCCAGUAUGUUUUCCAGUAGCAACUCUGUUCUGGGACCAGUGUAGUUAAGUUGCAUCUGCUGCUCUUGUGUCAGCCCUUCUAGCUGUAUUUCAUCAGUAUGGAAAUGUUUCUUGCAUUUGAAUGCCUCACAUCAAGCAGACUGCUGGAUGCCAGAGUCCGACCUGAAUGUGCUAUGUCUCUGUAUCACCCUCCCUGUAAACUGCCUAUUGAUUAGGACGACCCCUCUUCGAUGUUGAUGAGUGUACUAUGAUCACAUGCUGGUAAUUCAUACAGUGUAAGUGAAAACUGACGAUUGCUUUGCUAUUAUUGUUUGAAUACUAGUUUCCUAAUGUUGGCUUUACUUUUUGUAGGAUCAAAUACUAUUACACUUUCUGUUGGAUGUUGUGGUGAACUUGCCUGCAUUAUUUUUGCUGGUUUAUGAUCCUUGUGCACAAAAGCAGCAAGAGUUACAGAUUUUUGUUUUUGCUUUCACUGUUUUCACUGGAAGGUUAUUACUUUUUUCCCUGGAAACAAGUUUAUCCCUAUCACACUGUGUUUUUAUUCACUGAGGGCAUAUCUUUUCUUGUAAAGUUUUUUUUUCCAGAAUUGAUCACAUGACGUAGAUAUUUAGACUUUUGCAAAGUUGUUAGUUUGUUAUCCUUCAGAAACAAGAUUUUCCAGAAGUGCCAAAAUAAGGUUCAGAAUCAAGAGGAUGUAGAGAAAAAAAACUGCUCCCAACAGCUGUGAUAAAGAGCAGCCAUCUAGUGCCAUUUUGCAAUACAGGUAUGAUCAUCAUGAUAUGCAUUAGAGCCUUUCCUAACUGUUUACCAACAUUAUAAUGUCCCUUGAAAGUUUUCAUAUAUAAGAUAAAUCGUCUGAGUUGUAUUAUACUUUUGUAACUGUGUAACGAUACGACGUAGUAACAAUGUGUCAAAUCUUGUUCUUUGAGCUUGUAUCUCACAACAAGUGCAGGAAGGAAACAUCAGAGAAACCUGCUUUUUAAAGAUCACGAUUCUCGCAGAUGAGAACCAUAAGCACUAAUCGUGAUAAUGGUAACUGUGAAAAAUGUUGAGAUACAACAGAGAAAUAUAUAUAUAGAUAUAUAGAGAGAGAUAUAUGAACUAUUUGAAUAAGUUUUGUUGGAUGAGAGAUGCUAUUGUGGAUUGUGUAAUUGCCCCGUAUGACUGGAAACUGAUAAUAUACUCACUGGUGCCUGCCAGACUA